AACAACAGCAUGGAGCUUGAUUCGCCAGUGGCUGCGAUCAUUGAGCUAUUCUCAACCUGCCAAGACUGCUAUUCGUUCUAUAAAACCCGUCAAAACGCAGAAAGAAAGACACGUGUGAUGACAAAGGAGUUCGAUGCCGAAGCGUCCAUCCUUCAUUCUUGGGGUCUCUAUUGGGAUAUCCAUCUUCCCAACAACCCUAACUCGUCAAAACUGGAGGAUUACCUGAAGCAGAAUCCACACAAAAAACAUGAUGUAGUGAAAAUCCUGUUACGAAUCGGGGAAUUGAUGACAAACAACGGCGACCUAUUAAAGAAUUUUGGUAUAAAACUAACGCUCAGCGAUGCUCAAGGAAAGAGCAAGGAAUCGAAAUUCAAUGAGUUCCGUGUAAAACCCGAGGAUAGCAUCGAUAAUAUCGGUGCGAACAAGGCUGCGAUGAGAAAUCGAGUAAAGUUACUCAGAAAGUGCAAGUGGAGAAUUCUGCGCGGUAAGAAUAAUGACUUCUCCAAGCUCUUGAAAGCUCUCCGCAAGCACAAUACCGAUCUCCGUCAUUUCUGUCCAGAUGGAACUGGGAAGGACUUGAAUCGAUUCCUUGUCAUAGCCUUCUUGAAUGACCACAUCGAAUUUAAUCCUCUCGAUAAGGCGACCAAACGGAUGAGUCAGCUGGUACAGAAAGAGAAAGAUCCAUCGAUCAAAGAAGGGUUAGAGCUUCUACGAGACAUGGUAAAGAUCAAGGAUUCGGCAGGUCUUCAUAACACGGAACAGAUAUCAGAUUAUCACAAGCGCCAUCUAUUGCGAUAUCAGCUAGAUAUGUUAUGCCUUCGCCAUCCUGAGGAGCCUUCAACACUUGCAGUUCUGACAAAAGACGAUAUGCGUUCCAUGGUGUACGUCGAGUUCAAAUCGUACAAAGAUGACACACGCACAAUGACCCAUGAUCGAGAGGUUGUCAUUCUCAAGCUUGGUCGAUUAUUAAUGGUUGACUCCAAGUAUGGAUCCUCUCGGCUUAACACAAUGCUAUGCCUUGGGCUUUUCAAGGACAGCAAGAAGAAAAGAAUCGGUUUCAUAUUCGAGCUGCCUAAUGUUAAACCCAGGAAAAAUUUUGUGAUAACUCGCAACUCCGACUGGGAUGAUUAUGAGCCAUGCCGACUUUCGAACAUUUUAAACAGUGGCACGCGUCCAUUCAAGUUGAAUUGGCGCCUCAGUCUCGCGAAGGAAGUUGUGGACACCAUCAUUCGGCUUCAUGCUAUCGGCGGUUUGCACAAGAACAUCAGAUCCGACUCGGUACUCUUUUCCUCUAAAAGUUACUUGGCGUUGGCAAGAACCGACUAUUCCAAGCAUCUCCUGAUGGGCCAUGACUUCAUUCGAACUGAUGCGAGCCCUACCUCCAGCCAGGGAGGUAUGGGAAAAUGCCCUGACAUAUACCACCACCCGGACCAGCGUAAAUCACCGGACCGAGCAUACCAGUACGCAUACGACAUCUACUCUCUCGGGAUCCUUCUCCUUGAGAUUGGACUUUGGAAGUCGCUACAUCAAAUAGUAAGAGGAAAACAGAACUAUAGUCCUGACCGCCUCCACAAGUACAUAUUGGAAACAGUGGACGUUGAUCUCCCCAUAGUCUGCGGGGAGAUAUACAGUAGCGUCGCGAAAACAUUCAUUUCAAUAGAGUCAAGGAAUAGCCUGAAGUCAAUGAAUGAACAAAGAGACAAAUGCGCAAAGAUGGCUAGAGAGCUUUCUCGGUGUGUUGCUUGA